CAGGAAUUUACCAACAGUUCAGCUUCUGCCACAACAGUUUAUGAAAGAAAGCUGAAAACAUGACUGAUCCAGAAGCCUGUGGAAUAAAACAGGAAGAUACUGAACAACAAAUAGACAGUGGAAGAGUCAACCUGUCAUUGGCAGCACACCUAUGGGCAACCUCCAGUUAUCUGCUUCCAUCUAUUUCAGUGGAGCUUCCUUUCUGAAGAUGCAAAAGGAGUUUAGGGCGAUGCACCUGAAAACGCAUACAUUUGAUGCUUUUAGAAGGCAUGCUAGGACGUACCUUGAACCUGCUAUCAUCCACAAGUGGAAUGAAGACCAAAAUUUGUGACUGCACUCCCUGAGCCAGAACAGGAAUGUCAUUCUUGGUGGUGACAUGCAAGCAGACCCUCAAGGACAUUCCCCAAAGUAUGGGAGCUACACCAUGAUGGACUUGCAGACCAACAAUGAGUACGGGGAAGCUACUACAUGGAGAAGGAGGGUAUUAGAAGAAGCUUGGAUCGCAUGGUGGAGAGCAGUGUAAAGUUGGACUGCAUUGUCACUGACAUCCGGAAUGGGUCCUAAAUAUUAUCUGGCGUGGAAACAGGAUAGUUUACCUUGACAUGUUUGUUUAUACGAAUGCUAAAUUUCACAAUGCUGCAUGAGCAUAUGAGCCGGGCGUCAAGUGUUCAUGCAUUCCACUUCCAAAUUUUACCAGUUUAUUUGUAAAAUGUAUACAAAUUGUCUAAUUUUAUCAUUUUAGGUCUGAAUGAAGGUCAUGAGGAGAUUGAAGAACUGGGAGGAGCGGCUCAGAAAAAUCAUCAUGCCAAAACUACUAAGAAAUCUUUGAGUCGCUCACAGACUAAAAAAUAUUUAUUGAAAAGAAGAGGCAAAAAGUCAUUCACCUGCCCUCAGUGUGGGAAGAGUUUCAAAGAAAAUGGAAGCCUGACAAGAAACAUGAAAAUCCACACGUGGUCAAUGUGGAAAGAGUUUUAGAAUGGCAUGCACUUUUAAAACUCACCUGUGUCGUCAUUCUGGAGAAAGACCAUUUACCUGUGAUCAGUGCGGGAUUUUUUAGGUCAACAGGGCUGAAGGACCACCUUAAAGCUCAUACAAAGGAGAAACCUUACAUGCGUUCUUUGAGUGGAAAGAGUUUUAGUUGGGCACUUUAAAAAUACAUCAGAAAAGGCAUAAAACUGUGACGAAUAUGUUCUUUGAUUGUGGGAAGACUUUCUUUAGAGAUGCUGAACUGAAACUGCACCACAGAAUGCACAGUGAAGUAAAACCUUGAAAAAGCAUGAAAGGAUCCACACUGGAGAGAAGCCUUAUAACUGCAUUCCAUGUGGGAAGAGUUUCACUUAUUUAUCAUCUUUAUUUUAGUCGUACAAAAAAAUAAUAAUUUCUGAAAUAAUGUACUCAAAUCUGAUUUGUUUUCUUUUAAUCCAGCACAUUUUAAUGCACUACUUUAAUAAUAUAGUGGUAUUAGGUGUGCUUAUAGCUGUAGGUUUUUAAAUUGGCGUUUAUCCAACAAAAUGGAGAUGAUAAUUUAUACUUAUUGCAUACUGUAUUAUAAUGUAUUACAGUACUGAUGUGUAACUAUAUCUGCCUCCUAACUACUAUUUACGCACCCACUGGUAAAGAAAAUGCUGCUAUUUUUGUGUAAACAGAAUUUAUCAUUAUUUGCAUUUAGUGUAACUAAAAUAUAUCACUUUUUUCCAAUUUCAGUAACUGCAAAAAUAUAAUUCUUUGUUGAUUCAGUUCUGUCAGAUGUGUCAAGUUUAUCAGUUAUUAAAUUAGUUAAAUUGGACGAUAUUGUAAUGUUUGUUUACUACUAUGAGCCUAUUAACAAACCUCUGUAAGAACUGUUAGCACGUUUGUUUGUAAGGUAACAAACCUCUAUAGCUCUAGGGCCUCUAUAACUGUCUAGUCUGAAACACGUGUUGCUUAAUGUAUACCGUUUCACACGCUGUUCUUUAAAAAGUAGCACGCAGUGUGCACUGUAUAGUGGACAGUAAGCAGCCAGUGUGCCAUUUCGAACACAGCCCACGUUGCAGGAAAAUAACGAAGGUGGCGGUAAUGCAACGCGUUUGGAUGCAACCCGCCGGUAAACCUCGAAGAAGAAGACGACGAAGAAGGCGAAAGUAAUACCACACAUCUUUUGAGUCGUCUGAGAUCUGCUCCUCCCAUAACAGUUUAUUUAAAGAAAGCCGAAAUCAUGACUGAUCCAGAACCCAGCAGGAUAAAACAGGAAGAUACUGAACAACAAACAGACCUUAUAGAACAGAACAAGGAAAUCAAAGAAUUGAUUGAAGAGGGGGAGAACCAUCAUAUAAAAACUGAAGAUAUAUCCUGGAGAUACUCAUUGAAAGGAAGAGAUGACAUAUGGCCUCAGAAUGAAAAGAAUCUCUCAUGCAAGCCAAUUCGAGAUAUUGACAUAAAAAAUAAUCUUCAAGGCAAGCUGUACACGUGUGAUAAGUGUGAAAAGACAUUCACAGUAAAAUAUAACCUUAUAAAACACAUGAAUACCCACACUGAAGAGAAGCCAUACACAUGUGGUCAAUGUGGAAACAGCUUCAGACUAAAAGAUUCUCUUAACAAACACACAAGGAUCCACACUGGAGAGAAGCCAUACACAUGUGAUCAGUGUGGGAAGAGUUUUGCACGAAAAGAAUACCGUGAUGUACACCUAAAAAUCCACACUGGAGAAAAGCCAUACACAUGUGAUCAAUGUGGGAAGAGUUUCACACAAAAAGGAGCUCUUACUGUACACAUGAGAAUCCACACUGGAGAGAAGCCACACGCAUGUGAUCAAUGUGGGAAGAGUUUCAGACUAAAGCAACCCCUUGAAGAACACAUGAGGGUCCACACUGGAGAGAAGCCGUACACGUGUGAUCAGUGUGGGAAGAGUUUCAAACAAAAAGGAGCUGUUUCUGUACACAUGAAAAUCCACGCUGGAGAAAAGCAACACACAUGUGAUCAGUGUGGCAAGAGUUUUAAAAAAUAUGGUGGUUUUAAAAAACACCUGCUUACUCAUUUUAGAGAAAGACUAGACAACUGUGACCAAAGCAGUAGAUUUCCUGAAGGACCACCUGACCAAAAGCCAUAUUUCCUGAAGGACCAUCUGAAUGAUAAUAACGACAAGCCUUACAUAUGUUAUAUUUGUGGAAAGAGUUUUAGUCAGAUGGGUGCAUUAAAAAUACACCAAAAAAGACACACCGGUGUGAAGGACCAUGCUUGCUCUGAGUGUGAGAAGACAUUUUUUACAGAUGCUGAACUAAAACUGCACCAGACAGUUCACUCUACAGAAACACCUUACAAGUGUUCACACUGUGACAAGAGCUUCAAACGGUUAAAAUAUCUGCAAAUACAUGAGAGGAUACACCCUGGAGAGAAUCCAUAUACAUGUAAUGAAUGUGGGAAGAGUUUCAGACUAAAAGAAAUGUUUAAUCGACACAUGAUUCAUCACAAUGGAGAGAAGCCAUAUACAUGUGAUCACUGUGGGAAGAAUUUCAGACAAAAAGCAAACCUUAACAAACAUAUGAAAAUCCACAUUGGAGAGAAGAUACACAUGUGUGAUCAGUGUGCAAAGAGUUUCACAGAAUCAAAUGUUUUUAAAGUUUAUCUGCAUACUCAGAAAACACACAGCAAAGGGAAGGAUCAUGCAUGCUCUGAGUGCGGGAAGACUGAUCGUGAUGUAAAACUGUACCAGACAGUUCACACUACAGAAACCCCUUACAAGUGUUCACACUGUGACCAGAGAUUCAAACGGUCUGAUUAUCUGAAAAUACAUGAGAGGAUUCACACUGGAGAGAAGCCGUAUACAUGUGAUCAUUGUGGGAGGAGUUUCGCACAAAGAGGAACCCUCAUAGCACACAAGAACACCCACAGUAGAGAGAAGCCAUACUCCUGUGAUAAGUGUGAGAAAAGUUUCAAACGAAAAGAAAGCCUUCAAAAUCACAUGAGGAUCCACACCGGAGAGAAACCAUAUACAUGUAAUCAGUGUGGGGGCAGUUUCAGGCUGAAAGAAAUGCUUAAUCGACACAUGAUUAUCCACAAUAAAGAAAAGCUGUACACAUGUGAUCAGUGUGGGAAGGGUUUCAGACUUCAGCAAUCUCUUAAAGAACACAUGAGGAUCCACACUGGAGAGAAACCGUUCACAUGUGAUCAGUGUGGGAAGUGUUUCAGACUUCAGCAACCUCUUAAAGAACACAUGAGGAUCCACACCGGAGAGAAGCCGUACACAUGUGAUCAAUGUGGGAAGUGUUUCAGACUUCAGCAACCUCUUAAAGAACACAUGAGGAUCCACACUGGAGAGAAACCGUUCACAUGUGAUCAAUGUGGGAAGUGUUUCAGACUUCAGCAACCUCUUAAAGAACACAUGAGGAUCCACACCGAAGAGAAACCGUACACAUGUGAUCAAUGUGGGAAGUGUUUCAGACUUCAGCCACCUCUUAAAGAACACAUGAGGAUCCACACUGGAGAAAAGCCGUAUACAUGUGAUCAGUGUGGGAAGAGUUUCAUAAGAAGAGCAGCCCUUUACCAACACAAGAAAACUCACAAUGGAGUGAAACAGCACCAGAGGAUCCACACUGGAGAGAAACCGCAUCAAUGCCAUUCAUGUGGGAAGAGUUUCACUCAGUUAUCUUCUCUAAUCUCUCAUAAAUUACAUGUCUGCACAUCUGAAAUUAGAGUAAGUAGUUUAUGUUCUGAUCCUGUACUUCCAGGUGCGAGAUAGGGGUCCAUCAAAUAAUUAUUUUGAUAAUCGAUUAAUCUGAGAUUAUUGGAAUGAUUAAUCAGAUAUUUGUUGAUAAUUUCACAGAUUAAUUAGUAUCUUCAUUGAUUAUUCGGCUUGUAGAGUUUAACGUUUGGAGUUAGACCAAUUUUAAUCAAUAAAGCAAGGAAAUCACUUCA